AUGCCUCGCAUCGAAAACGAGCCAAAACUCGAUUUCAAAGAUGUUCUUCUUCGGCCAAAGCGAUCAACUUUGAAAAGUCGAGCAGAUGUGGAUCUCGACAGAACCUACGAGUUCCGUAACUCGAAAGCAAGUUACACCGGAGUUCCAGUUGUUGCUUCGAACAUGGACACUGUGGGAACUUUCGAAAUGUCAACUGCUUUGAAUUCUCAUAAAAUGUUCACCACUGUUCACAAACAUUAUAGUGUUGAUGAAUGGAAAUCAUUUGCUGCCAACGCUGAUCAAUCGAUUUUUGAAAACAUUGCGAUUUCAAGUGGAAUAUCGGAUAAUGAUUGGAAUAAGUUGACUCAAGUUAUUUCGGAUGUUCCACAACUCAAAUAUAUUUGUUUGGAUGUUGCCAAUGGAUAUUCGGAAUCUUUUGUUGAUUUUAUCCGACGUGUUCGUGAAGCUUAUCCAACGUAAGUUGAAAUUUUCUCACAUUUUCGAUGCGAUUGGUAGUUUUGAAAUGAGAAAUUGAUAAUUCCAACAGAAAAUGAUGAGGCCGAUACGCAAGAAAUCAUUUCUGAAAAGUAUUUUUCAGACACACAAUCAUGGCUGGAAAUGUUGUGACCGGAGAAAUGGUGGAAGAGCUCAUUCUUUCUGGAGCCGAUAUUGUUAAAGUUGGAAUUGGACCGGGAUCAGUUUGCACAACAAGAAAGAAGGCUGGUGUUGGUUAUCCACAACUUUCAGCUGUUCUCGAAUGCGCUGACGCGGCUCACGGUUUGAAUGGACAUGUGAUGAGCGACGGUGGAUGCACAAACCCUGGAGAUGUCGCCAAAGCUUUCGGUGCUGGCGCUGAUUUCGUUAUGAUUGGUGGAUUAUUCGCUGGACACGAUCAGAGCGGUGGAGAUCUUAUCGAAAGCAAUGGAAAGAAAUUCAAAUUAUUCUAUGGAAUGAGCUCCGACACUGCAAUGAAAAAACAUCAUGGAAAUGUUGCGGAAUAUCGUGCAUCCGAAGGAAAAACCAUCACAAUUCCAUAUCGUGGAGAUGUCAAUGCAACAGUUUUGGAUAUUUUGGGUGGAAUUCGAUCGGCUUGCACUUAUACCGGAUCAAAACAUUUGAAGGAACUCGCGAAACGCGCAACUUUCAUCCGCGUCACUCAACAAACAAAUGACAUGUAUGUUCCGUACGAAGUUCCAACAAUUCCAGCUUCAUCAUCUAAAUAA